AUGGUGCCAUGGUGCAUGUGCAGAUGGCUGGAAGAGAGGCUGCUCGCAGCUGCCCUCCUAGUCCUGCUGGCGAGUGCUGCGGCCGGAGAAAAAUGUGAUCUAAAUAUCCCGCACAGGCCCAGGCAAGGGCAAACAUUGAAACUUAUAAAGCGCGACUGGGCCUCGCACCAGCUUGUCACGGAAGUCGCGGCUAUUCUUCUGGAAGAGAUUCUUAUGUACGAUGUUGUCCGCGUCAAUCCGGACCUAGGCCCUGUUCAUGAUUUCAGAGCGAUUUCUUUGGGGGAGGCGGACGCAAACUUCGAAGUUUGGCAGGGUGGUAAAGAGGCACAGAUAGAGGAGUGGGUUCGACGUGGCGAUGCUUUCGUGGCAAACUCUCACAGCACGGUUGCCGCCAGUGGCCUGUACACCUUGAAGCAUACCGUGGACAGAUAUCCUGAAGCUGCCUUCUAUCAAUAUUUGCAGACGCCCCGGCUUCAGUGGAUAUUUGCAAGACAAGAGGUUGCAGGCGAGGCUGCCGCUGAUCCCAACGGCUUGUGCGCAGAUCCAGAGUGGAAUUGCACCAACUUCACAUGGCAACCACCGGCAUGCCGGGAACAUACAAUGCGCUGCUUGGGUCUGGUCUUCCAUGACUACACGCACUACACACAAGGUAUUCUUGAGCAGCAAAUCGCCAACAAUGCUUUGCCCCUGGCCGUGCAGUACCUGACGACCGUUUCCAAGGAAAGGGAGAUAUGGGAAGCUUAUGCCUCUAAGCGCGACAUCCUCUUCCAGCAUCACUACCCAGAUGCCGGAGUGGAUGGCAUCCCCUCCAGCACCUUCGUGCCCAUCCACUUCGCACCGAAGAAGUACGGCUGCAACUCCACGGAGACCCGCUUCCCUACCGGAGGUUUUGCGUGUCGCCUGGACGGGAAGCCGCUCCAGAUCCUCGUGUCACCAAAAAUCGAAGCGUCUCCGGAUGCCAUGCAUUUCGCCUCGAGGUUUCGAUUGGACGACAAUGACUAUGAGAAGCUGUUCCAAGCCUGGCGAGAUGCGGACGGUGAUGCGAAAGUGGCAGCUUGCAGGUGGCUGCAGCGUAAGGGGACCGCGAGAUGGGGCAGCUGGAUUAGGUUUAGCAAGCAGGUCCGCAUGAUUGAGAACUUUCCGCCAAUGACCGGCUGCUUCCCAACGUUCUACCUUUUCCUACUCUUGACGGUGGGAUCGGCUUUCCUGUUCAAGUUGCCACGGAUGCUGUGGACCUGCAAGAAGCGGUGUCGCCGGACUUGUCAGGCCCUCAAUCCGAACUGGGAGCCGACGGACUUGUCGGACAUUGACAGGCGUCAGAAAGAUCGUGCCCUGUACACUCGGGCAGACUUCACCUCCAAAUUGGUGGCCUGCAAGCACGUCCAGUUCGUGGAGGUAAAGAUGGCACUUCUUAGAGGCUCCAUGGGCUUUGCGAGCUUCUAUCGUGAUGAAGAGAACUUCUGCCUUGGCAACGGUGAGUCAUGCAUCCCACCGCCCGCUGGAUCAUGUUUCCGGCAGAUGUACACCACGCCAAUGCAGGUUCUGGUCUACAUCAUGACAUCCGGGCUGAUGCGGACAGCGUAUAGUGCAUUGACCUUUGCCUUUGCUACUGGAAUGGUCGGGGCAUUAUUGGCUGAAGUCAGAUCCACCAUCGACAAGAACAAGCAAGUUGACCCAACUCUCCAAGACGAAGAUUGGUACACGUUGUUCUUGAUGAACAUGCAGACAGUGGCAUCAAUCAUGGACGAUUUUAAGUUUCUGCCAACUUUCUUCAUCACAUACAUGAUAGGGCAGGAUGUGACCCGAUGGCUGAAGUGGCUUCAGACAAUGUUCAGCAUCCAGGGCCGACUACACGACCUUGGCUUGGUGAUUGCAAGCUCGUACCGCAAGCUGAACGAUCCAUGUGUGGGAAAGCAGCAGCGGCAAAUGCUUUUCAAAUGGUACAGGUAUCUCAAUGCGAUACACUACUUGGCUUAUUUCAAGCUCGAUCCGCGCAUAGGAACUUCUCCCGACCAAGUUGUACAGGACCUUCGGACUAUGGGCUUGCUCGUGGACAGCGAGUGCUACCAGAUACUUAUGGCCAGUGCAAAGCUACGAGACACGCUCGUUUCCUGGCUUGGUAUUCUGUGGCACGACGAGCUCGAGCGAGGCUUCGUUCAGGCCGUGGACUCGGAUGUAUUUAUGCGAAAAGUUUGUGACCUGCGCGGUAUCUUGGCUUCUCUCGCAGACAUGCCAGACAUGCAAACGAGCCAGCUGGUUCGGGUCAUGAUGGUGGUGGUUACGAACAUCUUGCUGUCCCUGGCCUUGGUUGGUUAUCCGACAAAGAUGUACGAAGAGACCAAGCAGUGCUUCCAAUUUUGGCCUCUGGUCGCUUCCUAUUUGUACUACGUGUGCUACAGGGGCAUGCUCCAUGUUAUGUUUACGUUGGACAAAGGGCCUUUCUAUGGCAAAGGGGACUGUGUCAAUGUAGAUGCUCUUCUUGUCAGUACAGAGCGCUUCGCCUUCCAUGUGUUCCGCACAUCCUUCCAGACGUUGCCGUCUGAGUUCAGAUACAUUCGAAAGCACGACGAAAUUCGCCCACUUAGAGAAGCUAAAGAACUCUGA